AUGGGUGACUGGAACCUGCUGGGAAAGCUUCUAGAAAAAGCCCAGGAGCACUCCACUGUGGUGGGUAAGGUGUGGCUCACCGUCCUGUUCAUCUUCCGCAUCCUGAUCCUGAGUGCUGCAGCAGAGAAGGUGUGGGGCGACGAGCAGUCAGGCUUCACCUGCGACACCAAGCAGCCCGGUUGCGAGAAUGUGUGCUAUGACGUCACCUUCCCUAUCUCCCACGUCCGCUUUUGGGUGCUGCAGAUCAUCUUUGUGUCCACGCCUACAUUGAUCUACCUGGGACACAUCCUCCAUCUGGUGCGGAUGGAGGAGAAGCACGACGACAAGGAGAGGGAACAUGCACAUCACUCAGACAAGCAGGCUCUUAUUGUGGAUGCUAAGCACAAAAAGGCCCUGGUGAGGGACAGUAGGGGCCGAGUGCACCUGCAGGGGGAGCUUUUGCGCACAUAUGUCCUUAAUGUGGUCUUUAAAACCUUUUUUGAGGUGGGCUUCAUUGUGGCUCAGUACUUCUUGUAUGGCUUUCAACUUAAACCCAUGUACACAUGUGACAGACCACCCUGCCCCAACGUGGUAAACUGCUACAUAUCCCGUCCCACAGAGAAAACCAUCUUUAUUAUCUUCAUGCUGGGAGUAGCCAGCGUGUCUCUGUUCCUAAACCUCAUAGAGCUCUACCACCUGGGCUUCACCAAGUGCCGUCAGGGCCUCACCUUCAGGAGAGGUAGACAGUCCCCUGAAAACAUCCCUAAGGAGCCCAGCGAGAUACCUUUUGCGCCGAGUUAUGCCGACUACUUCCACCAAGUGCAGCCGGCCUACCCGCCCGCACCCAGCUACAACCUCACCCCUCUGUCCGAAGGCACAGAGUCGACCUUCCACCCCUACCACAGCAAGGCGGCCUACAAACAGAAUAAGGACAACUUGGCGGUGGAAAGGAGCAGCAGCAAGCCAGAGGAAUGUGACCUGAAAGGAAAGAAGGGAGCAGGAUCAGCCCCUGGGUCACCUACGCAGGCCAGGCCCGGCCGCAGUGCCAAACACAGCAGCAACAAGACUAGAAUAGACGAUCUGAAGAUAUGA